CGGUCUCAACUGGUCCGACCACCGCAGCAGCAUGGAUGUGGAGCUUCUCGAAUGCAUCUUGUUCCGGAGACGAUCCGCGUUCUUGUCGACGCUCGUGACGCCCAAGCCACCGACGAUUGUCGACCCGGACCAGCCGCCGCUCUCGAGCAUGGAGAAGCGCACACAGGAGGGCGCGGCCGUCUUUUCGCCAUCGAACAUGGACCAGGAGCUCGUCGACGAAGAGUCUGUGUACAUUGGCCAGAGCAUCCUCCUCUCGCUUCUCGUGUCCCAGCACUGCCCCGAGUCGUUGCGCGCGACGCUCACCGACGUCUUCUCGACACACUGUAAGACUCUCUGCGAGACACUGGUCAAGCUUCUUUCGUCACCGUCGACGACGUGGAGUCCGAUGCUGUUUCUCUCGCUCCUCGGCGGUCUCCUCAUGCUCAUGGACGCACCCGAGCUCGUGCUCUCGACGCGCAUCGCGCUCGAUGCGAUCCCGCUCCUCGGCCGACUGCAGGCCGCGAUCGUCGAGAGUGGCCGCAAGGUCGACGACAACAGCGUCUUCCAUCCGCUCAAGCGCCAGCGCACGACGGCGCCGUACAGCGGCCGGCCGGACGAAGCGCCGAGUAGCAGUAGCAACCACAUGAGCUUUGCGACCGCCGUCCAGAUCAUGCUUGACAGCGUCGAGAGCACGAUGGCCGGCCCGACCAGCGACCUCGGGCUGCAGCACUCGUACGAGUCGAGCACGGCAGGCUUGCGCUCCGAGGACAUUGACUGCGUGCGCAUGAUCAUGCUCUAUCUGAACGUGUCGGGGCAGACGGCCAAGCAGCUCUUGCGCGCGUCCAAAACGGCCAGCAUGAUUCUGCCGUCGUCGGUCUCGAUGUUUGCCCAAGUCAUGCUGUACGUGGCGACGCACCCGAGCCAUUUGCCGCUCAUGCAAAUCGAGAUGGAGAUGGAGUGCAUCAAGAUGAGUCUGUCGCUGUUGUUUGAACUUCAAAUGACGAUUACGGCCGUCGAACACCAGGAAGAGCCCGUCCAGGUGCUCCACGAAGACGUGCAUCAAAAGCUGAUGCGCUGGAAGGGCGCGAUGGCCGUCCUCCUCUCGCUCGGCUGGACGAUCAACACAUCAGGGUGGUACCGGCUCGAGUUCUUCAAGGUCCCGCAUGGUGUGCCGCACCUCCAAGACGCCAAGCGGAUGCUCACCAAAUACAUUGCGAUCUGCGAGCUCCGACUCAAGCAGCUCAGUGACACCCACGCGUAUCUGCACCAGCAGCAGCAGAUCCGUCUCUCCAAGACCGAGUCGCCCGAGAUGGCGUUUGCGUGCCCGUGGACCGCGCACACGUUCCUCUCGGCGAACGAGCUCGUCGACCAUCUCUUUUGGCAGCCGCCGUCGGCCCACGGCACCUUUUCGGCGACAACGUUUCCGAGCUAUUCGAGCUGCCGCCACGAAGUGCUCGCGUCGGUCGGUCCGUCGCCGGCGUUCUUCUGGCACCAGUUUCUCCAACACGUAGCCCAUGUACAGACCCGGCUGCAGGCGCACUUGGUUCAGCUGCCAUUGCCGACGAAUGCGCUUUCGUUUGACUGCCUCCAUGUGGUGCCGCUCACGCCGUCUCACGACGUUGACUAUACGCUCGCGGCAGUAUACCCGACCGAGACGCGGCUCGUCCAAGCACUCGCGCCGCCGUCCAAAAGCUCAUCGAGCGACGCGAGCCAGUUUCUGCGGGCGCUCCAGGACGGCACCCUCUCGGACAUGAUGGAGAAGUGGCUGUGCGCGAUCCGUGGCCCGCUCCGGCGCCAGACGACGUCCGGCGUUGCGCGCGUCGAGCGCCUCGUGCUCAGCUUGGCGCUGAUGCUAUCGGACGCAGCUGUCGCUGGCAUCGAGCACUGUUUGGGUGACGCGCGAUUACAACCCGUGUUGGGGCCGUGGCGUCAGUUUUGCAUGUGGCUCGAGCAGCACGCGCAAAGCCAGCCAUCUUCGCUCUCGAAUCUCGAGGCAUGGUGCCUCUUUUUACAUCAGAUCUGGGUCGGGCCGUCCAUGGCGCUUUGGACGCAAGAGCCAUCGACGACGCAUGCGCUCGCCUCACUCUUUGAGUUUUUGCGCGCGAUGGCCGACACGCCGCUCACGCUGCCACUGCGCCAAACCGUCCUUAUGCAGCGCCGCGUCGUCUGGCUCCAGCUGCUCGGUCUGCACUUGCUUGCAGCGUCUUCGCCGGCCGUGCCCGGCCACACGCGUGCGUUGCAUGUGCUUUUGGAUCUAUGCCAUCGCCCGACGCGACUUCAACGCGCGACCAGCCGCGGCUGGCACCACCUCGUGCUGCAGUCGCAACAGUGGUCGCUCCCUCCCAAUGCGGCGCCACUGCUGCACUGUUUAUGGCAGCAACCCAUUGCAUCCGUCUCGCCAUUGCGUCGUAAUCCAUGCCAAGAAGGUGCGUUGCGCUUGCUGCUGCAGACGCCGAUGCCAAACGAGGCGACGUGGGCGUCGGCGCUGUCGAUGGUCGCCGCGUCGAGCCCCGAGAACGUUGACGUGACGCAACUCGUCCUCGACUUUCUCGGUCGCGUGGUCGACGAUGCAAGUAGCGUCGAGAAGGCGACAGCGCUUGCACGCAUUGCGCUGGCCUGGCUGGCGGUACCCGACGUGACAAGCCAGUGGCGCGACGCGAUCGUCUAUCCGCUCUUGGCGCAACUCCCGCGAUGGCCGAUCACGACACAACGCCAAGUGCUCUCGCUGUUACCGACGGUAGUACGGCACCUGUCGCCGGAUCCGCCGGUGGUCCAGUUUCUCUUGUGCCUCGCCGCGUGCCAGGAAACAUGCGAUGCGCCGCACCCAACGUUUCUUAGCGGUCGUGUUGUCCUGAACGAUGGCUCUGUCUACAGCGACCCGUCGCUGUCGUUCCAGGCGCUCGACGUGCUGCGGCAGCUCUACGCGUCAACGCGCUGGGUUGCAUGCGUGCGCGACGCCCUCGACACUGCGCUAUGGGGUGAUGUAAUGGACCACGCCAACGCCAUGUCUCAACUGAUGGCGCUCGGAGCGCUCAUGCUCGCAACGACCGCCAUCUCGCCGUCGUACGCGCUGUACCCGGGCCAGCGCGUCGCUGCCACGCCGACCGAUGACGCAUCCAUUGAAGCGCUGAGCCAGGCACAGGUCAACCGCGGCGUUCUCCUUGGUCUGCGCGUCGAUCCGCAAACGUGCCGCGCGUCUGCGUCGUGCCUCUUUCUCUCGCGGUCGGUCGCGUCGCUCUACUACACGACGCAGUGCUCACUGGGGCUGCUGGCGCUGGCUUCGCCGCUCCUCGCGUGUCUGCCGAGUGACCUCUCGAGUCAUUGCGCACGCGUCGAGCGGCAACUCGAGGUCGUGCCCAACGUUCUUGCGACGCCAGUAGGUCUCUGGUUGCUCCACGCCCUCUGCACGCUCCUCGAUCUCGGCCAUCUCGACAAGCACAAGUGGACCGCGUGGCUUUUGGAGAUCGCGGUGGCGCCGUCGACGAUUCCAGUGCCGGCGUGCGUGCAGUCGUGUUUGGCGCUGCAGCCGCCGACGUACUGGCAGGCACAAGGCGUGUACCGGUCGAUGGCGGCCGAGUGUGACCGUGUCGCGCGACUCGUGGCGACCACGGGGUCGUCGCCAUUGCUGAGCGGAUUACGUAUGCACCCGCGCCUGCCCGACGUGGCCGACGCCUCGUUGCCGCCGACGUCGGCGACGCGGUUGCCGAUCGAUGACAUUUUGACGCCGACGCUGCUGUCGCGGCUCUCCAACACGCCGCCUUCGAUCGCCGACUCGGACGAUAUGGCGCGCUUGCUGAGCAUGGGCUGGUCGGCGCCGAUUUGCGCGUACGUGCUGCGGUACUAUCCCGGCAACUUUGAUGGCGCGCUGCAAUGGUUGACGUACGAAGGCAACUCGGAGGACGUCCACCGACUCCGUGUGACGGGCGCGUUGGCCCCACCGGACCCACCGCUCGUGCCACACUUUUACCACCACGUGCCGGUCGUCGACGCGCUGCGACAAGUGCCACGCGAGUGCUUUGUGCCGCAUUUGUACCAAAAGGACAUCGAGGUCGACGCGGCGGUGCAGCACCCGCUCGGGUACACGGUCCCCAACAUGGCUCAGUGCUACCAGCUCGUGCACGCGCUCGACGUCAAGCCAGGCCUCUCGGUGCUCGACGUGGGCACGGGCUCGGGGUAUUUUGCGACGCUGCUCGCCCACCUCUACGGCGACCGGCUGCGCGUCACGUCGUGGGAGCGCGACGUGCAUCGCUUGGCGUACGCGUAUCUGCACAUGGCGCGCAGCGUCCACAGCGAGCCGCUCCGGCGACCCGCGUUCUUUGAUGCGAUCGAGUUUCGCGUCUGCGAUGCGUUUGCGCCGACCGACGACUGCCGCGGCGCUGUGUUUGACCGCGUCCACAUUGGCGCGUCGUGCCCGCGCGAGAGCGUUCAGCUGCUCUUUGAACUUGUGGCCGACCACGGCGUCAUGGUCGUCCCCAUUGACGGCACGCUGCAUCGUAUUGAAAAGACGGCGCGGCACUGGCACGACUGCCGCUGCCUCGUGCUGGGCGCGCUCAGUAUUGAGAGUCUGGUGGCGCCGUCGGUCGAGCUCCUCGCGCGGGUGACGCCGACGCUGCAGCACCAUGCGGUCCAAGUCGCCCAAGGCCUCCAUGCAUUUGAAGAGCGGGCGAGCGCCGAGAAGCCGCUCGUGCUCAGCUGGAAUGCCGAGGACCCGUACGCAGUCGGCUCGUCGCCACACACGUUGUGGUGUGCGCCGCUUCUGACGCCGGGCAUGGCCGUGCGCGUGCAGUCAGAGACAAAUGAGCUCGUCCAGCGUGGUCUCUCGGACGCCGGCUUUGUCGUUGUCCGACUUGGUGGCCCGCGCUGCCAGCUCCAAGAGCUCUCGAUGGGCGUCAAGAUCAGCGACGCAUCGCUCAAGGUGUCGAAUCGAGGCAGCUUUGGCACGGCGUGCGCCAACGUGGCCGUGCGCGGCGGUGGGCGCUGGUUUUACGAGAUCCGCAUUGGCACCUCGAAAGUGAUCCAGAUCGGAUGGGUCCUUCCCGGCUUUGACCCGAACCCCGAGAGCGGCCUCGGCGUUGGCGACGACGCGUUCAGCUACGCGUACGACGGGCGGCGCAAGAAAAAGUGGUUUUGCGGUCGCAACGAAGAGUACUGCAAGCAAAUGUGCAAGGCCGGCGACGUGGUCGGCUGUCUCUUGGACCUCGAUGCCGGGACGAUGACGUUUUACCUCAAUGGCGUCUCGCUUGGUGUGGCCUUCUCGGGCCUCGAACGCGACAUUCUGCACGGCGGCUAUGCGCCCGCUUGCUCCAUGGACGGCGGCGAGUCGGUGUGGUUCAACUUUGGCGCGACCCCGUUUCUGUACCCGCCACCGCCGUCGCCGCCGUUCUGCGCCUUGACGCACUUUACGUACCCACCGCUACCGACGCCAUCGACGUUGCCGCUUGCGAUUGUCGAGUCGGUCGAUCGGGACGCAUGCCGCGUCGUGGUCCGUGCCAACGACGUCGAGCACGUCGUGCCGCUGGAGAGCGUCCGGCCGAUCGACGACCCACUUGCGUCGUGGAUCCCGCCAUCGCUUGCCUCGAGUGACUUGACGUCCAUCCAACGAUCCUUGGUACAGCACGAAGCGAUCGCGGGUCUGCGUUACUGGCUCUUGACGUCGAUGCGUCCGUCGCUGCGCCUUGCCGACCAAGCGCGGCUGCUGGAAGUCACGUCCGAAGGCCGUGUGUGCCCGCAGCAUCUCUGCUUGGACAACUUGUGUGACGACGACGCGUCGUGGAUGCGCGAGACGAUGACGUCGCAGCUGCAGCAGCGUCACGUCCCCGACAUGAUGGUCGUCGAGGCGUCGCGGCAUCCGCUGAGCACGCGGCUGAUUGCUGUCUCGGUCAACGUGUCGAGCUGCCUCAAGAUGAUCCGGACGCACCUCGGCGACGUCGACGCGCACUUGGAGAAGGGUCAGACGCGCGCAGCGUUUACGUUGCUCCAGCGCAUCACGGACGUGGUGCUGGAAAAGACGAAUCGGGAGAGUGGCGACCAUUUGCAGCGGUGCCGACUCGCCCUCGACAAGGUCUACCAAGCCAUCCGCACGGCCGACAUGAGCUACCACCACGAGAUGAAUCUGCACUUGGACCACUUGAUCUCGCUCGAGCACCGUCGCAACCCGCGGCCGAUGCUGGAAAAGGUCAUGGAGCUCAAGAAGGCCCUCCAGACGUUUGAAGAGCUGGUCGCGCCCACCUCGAUCGUGCCGAUCGAGACGGUCCACGGCAAAUACGUGGGGAUUGCGUCGGCCACCUCGCUCCUCGUCGAAUUCGACACGCGGACGUCGCGGUCGCAUUGGAAGCUCGUGUUUUACGCCGAUGCGGCGUGCACGCGCCGGCUGCCGUGGGUCCUCUCGCGCGACGGUCUCCGACCAUUUGUCGUGCCCGCGAGCCACUUUUACUACUCGUUUGUGCCCGACUUGGCCGCCAACAUGACGUCCGAGUGGGGCUACGCGUUCCGCGUGACGCCGUAUCGCACGUCGUCGCCGCCGCUCUGGGCGCCAUGGCCCGCCGACGCGCGCCUUUUCCAUGGCAACUUGUCGUCGAGCACAAACCUGGUCGAGUGGCUCCAGACGGCGCUGGUCUACUGCCGCAUGCCGGGCGCGCGACUCAAGGAAGAUGUCAUGGCGUGGGUGCUACGCGUGCUGCCGUCGUCGUUGGACCCGACAUCGACCAAGCCGCUCCUCGAGCACUUUCUCUACUGUGCCUUGCCCGAGCUCAACGUGCUUUUUCGCGACUCGGUGCGCUGGCAGCUGCACAACAAUCGGUACUUUCAGAUGCUGCUGCAACUCUGCACGUCGCUUCUCGCGGCGCUGCCGUCGUACGCGCCGCCGUCCUACAGCGUCGAAGCGUUUGGGUACCACGCCGAGGUGCACCCGUGGCACGCCGACCUCGUUGCCACCGUCGACGGGCUCCGGCAACUGCAAGUGGCGCAUACGGUCGACGUCGCGCGCUGGCGACCGGUCGUCGAGAGCCACUUUCACUCGCUUCGAGUGCUCAAAGAGGCGCUCAAGCAGUUUGAAGCGUCCGUCAAGUCGGACGUGCAGCGCUGGCACAAGAACCGGCGCGAGUGCUGGCUCCGCCAAGUCGAGCAGGCGUACCACCCGGCGCUGCUCGCGCCGCUGCUCUGUGUGUUUAAUGAUACGCUCUCGGCGAGCUCGCGCGACGGCGGGUGGGGCUCGGAGAAAACAAAGUGGCUGCGCAACGUGCACGCAGCGUGUACGGUCGGUGCGAUCGCACGGCAGCUGCUCGUAUUGGCAGGGUGCAUCGACACGGACGCGCACAGCCCCGCGUGGAGUUGCCAGAGCUACGAUUGGCGCAAGGCGGUGGUCAACCUCACCAAGGAACCGUUCCUCGCCGACACGCUGCUACCGGCGGCGGCGAUUUGGUGCGAUGGAAGCCUCUUGCCGGACGUGGCCGAGUCGUCGCCGCGCGCGCAGACCAUCUUUGAAGACAACGCCAAGCUCUUCCGCGUCCGGGAGGCGCGCAAUGUGCACGUGCUCGGGUCGUUUGAGGAUUUGGUGCUGCUUCGGAAGCUCAGCAUUCGCAUUCCGAAAAAGUACUCGAACACGCCGGUCGUCGCCGGCCUUGUCUUUGUGUACCACGAGAAUCCCACCGCCCAUGACAUGGAGAAGCUCCGCGAGUACGACCACUUUACGAGCGACAAGUACGAGGCGUACGUGACGGCGAUGCGUCAGCAGCAAAUGAUUCCGCUGCCGGGCGACCCGAUUGGGUACUUUGACGUGGGCUCGCCCCACUUUUUGCAGGGCAACAAUGUCAUUACCGUCGUACCCGAGUUUGCUAUCAUGGGACGCGUCGUCGUCAUCAAGCUUCUUCGUUGCUACAACAUCCGGGCCAUGGAAGAUUUGGCCGACGCGGUCAAGCGGGACGAAGAGCACGGCGGGCCGAAAGACCGCGCGCUGCACAACCCCGUGUACCUCUGGUGCUACAAGCCGCACGAGGAGUGGCUUGCGUACCCGCUGGACGUCGAGUACAUGCUCGAGACGCAGUACCAAGCGUACUGCAGCGGCGAAAGCUUGGCCAGCCACGCGGACAACAUUGUCGUCGGCUGCGACCACGUUGUCGUGGACUUUACGCGCAUGCUCAUGCAGACACCGAGCGGCGACGAGCUCAACAAGAUGUCGACGCUCUGCCGCGUUAAGCGCCUCGUCGUGUCGGUGGAUCUCAAAGUGAAGCUCACGUCGCACCAUUCGAUGGAGGUCGAGUACGUCGGUCUCUACGGCCUCGCGGGCCAGGCGGCCCAAGAUGCCUACUCGUCCUGGACGCUGCAGUACCACAACAAGUUUACGAAUGCGAUGACGGCCAGCGCCCCGAGUGGCAGCGACCACGAGAUCUACCGCGUCUUGAGCGAGAAGGCGCCCGUGUACGGCUUCCCGACGCUCUCGGCCUCGAUCGCAUUCCAUGUCUUGUAUGGCGAGACCGUCGUCGUCUCGCGUCGUCUCGGGCGCUGGGGCCGGCUCCUCCAGCACCCGGCUGCGCCGGACGCGUGGGUCCUCCUCGACUCGCACCAGCCGUCCUUCUUUCGGAUACCGCGGGCACAGGCCGCCGCCCACGCCGCCGUGCCUUGGCUCCUAGAUGUGUUUUGCGUGGCGCCCGCCGGCGAUGCGUACAAGGGUGUCAUCGUUGCCGACCUCCCGCACUUUGUGAGCACGACGCUCGUCGACGUCGUCAACAAACUGCGCGAGGUGCGAGGGCGCUGCGCACUGAGCCUUGUUGCCAACGACGUGAGUCAGUUCUUCGACUCGGACGCGGGUCGCGUCGCGAGCCAGAGCCUCCAGUCGUUCCCGCUGCCCGUGCUCAUGGGUCGUCUGGACAUUCUCCGGCACCUCAACCAACGCCUCGUGCCGUACGUGAUGCUGCUCGGGAUCGGCUCGACGCUCUCAACGCAGCACCCCACGUGGCUCGCGGGGCUCGUCACGCACGCCAAGAGCCUUCUCUUUCUCGAGACGAAAAUGGCCGUUUGGAAGAAAAUCUGGAGCGAAUCGUACAGUCUCGAGCGGUCGUCCGAGGUGGUGAGCAUCAACCGCCACAUUGCGUUCAAGGUGCGACCCGAGCUCAUGGCGUCGCGGUCGUCGCUGGACAUGGAUCGGCUCCGAGAUGCAUACGCGUCCACGGUCUUUUGCCAGCUCUUUGACGAGCUUCGCCACACGCCACCGGCGCUGCUGCGACGCAACGACGGCAAGUCGUGGUUCACCAAGUUCAAGGGCGAGCCGUCGAUCGACGAUGGCGGUCUCUACCGCGAAACCAACGCGACCGUCUGCUACGAGCUCAACCACGGACUCGUGCCACUUUUCGUACUCUGCGCCAACGGCCAGAACGCCGACGGGUUGCACCAAAACACGCUUGUGCCCAACGUGGCGUGCCUGCAGUGGGUCGAGUGCUGCGACUGGUACAGCUUUGUCGGCGUCCUCAUGGGCAUUGCGACGCAGAACCUCGAAGAAGUGUUUCCAAUCGCACUCGCGCGGCCGAUCUGGAAGCUCCUCGUCGGCGAGCAACUGCGACCCGACGACCUCCCGAGCUUUGAUGCGGCGGCGGCGCGCACGCUUACCUUUCUGCGGGACCCGAGCAUGGACCAAGACACGUUUGACGCCGCGUUCCCGGACCUCACGUUUACGUGUCUUUUGAACGACGCUGUCGAAGUCGAGAUUGUGCCCAACGGCCGACGUCGCCGCGUCGGCUUUGGUGACCGGCUGGCCUAUGCGUCGGCGCUCGAGCAGUACAAGCUGCACCAAUUUGACGACGCCGUCGCGUACAUUGCACGUGGUCUCAAGUCGAUCGUGCACGCCGAGCUGCUUGCGAUCUUUACGUGGAAAGAACUCGAGCUCCUCGUGUGCGGUCGGCCAACGCUCAACAUGGAGCUGCUCAAGAAGAAGACCGAGUACUCGCCCGACAUGGACAGCCACGACACGCUCGUGCUUCGCUUUUGGCGCACGCUGGCAUCCUUUACGCCCGACGAGCAGCAACAGUUCCUGCAGUUUGUGUGGGGGCGGUCCCGCCUUCCGUUCAGCGAAGUCGACUUUGGCACGUACACGUUCAAGCUCGUGCGACACAUGAGCGGUGGCAACCCGGACGAGUACCUCCCGGUGGCGCACACGUGCUUCUUCCAGCUCGAGCUGCCCAACUACUCGACCGAUGAGAUUAUGCGGACCAAGCUGCUGUACGCCAUGACGCACUGCACGUCGAUCGUCGACGAGGAGCAAGCGGCGCAGCAGCGGGACAUUGCGCUCUGGGACUCGUAG